AUGAUGCAAGGUCUGCAAAACAUUCUGCUCAUCUAUGUUCUGAGAUGUCUCGGACAAAUUGUACAUGGUAGUGACAUCAUAAAUGGGAAAAAGGCCCCAGAGAACUCAAUGCAGUAUGUGGUCUCAGUGCAGAACAUUGAUGGCCAUAUAUGUGGAGGUUUUCUAGUCACUGAAGACUUUGUGGUAACUGCUGCACACUGUGACGUUGAAAACCCCACACAUGUUGUCCUUGGCAGCCACAAUAUCAAGAAGGCUGUCUAG